AUGGCGAGCGACGCGCCAAACCCGUCCUUGGUCUCUCUGGUUACCUCGCGCUUCACUACGAAUGCGCUGUCUGCCAUUCCGCGCUCGCUUCACUUGCGGACCAUGGACUCGGAGCUGGCUGCUUUAGAACUAGCCAUCCGACAAGCGCGCCAGAUGCGAAACUCGAGAGCCGGAGCCUGUAAUCUUCCACGGGAGGUUAUCGCCCAUAUCUUCGAGUGCCUUCAACGCCUCUGGCCUCCACGCCGGGUGUACGUCAAAGCGAAGCCUAGAUUCUAUGCAGGCUGGAUGUCGGUUAGUCAUGUCUGUAGCGUGUGGAGAGAGGUCGCACUUGAUGUGCCCUCGUUGUGGACCAGACCGAAGCUCGACGUCUUCAGCAUCCCGCACCAAUACAUCACGGACAUCCUCAUUCGAUCUCGCUCAGGCACACUUGACUUAUCUGUCAUCUGGGGAGGCGGCUCCGAGGACAUAGAAGGGGACCCCGGAGUGAAAGCUUGGCUAUCCCCCGCGAUAUCUCGACGCACGAGCGGUCUCACGAUCGUCGCUGAAGAUGAUAUGGAAGCUAGCCUUCUGGCAUUCGAAUUACCCAAACAGUGGCAACGGUUGCAUACGCUCAACAUGACACAACGCGAACCAGAUACCAUCCUGGAAUUGCCGCCAUCUUUGCAGAUGUUACGCGGGAUAACAUGUUUAUCCCUAGAAGGCUACCACAUACCGUGGAACACUCCCAUUCUAUCAUCAGCGUUGUCUGAGCUUCACCUGGGAUACGACGAUCUUGUUCACCGUCCUCCAUACGACAAAUUGCGAGCUACCCUAGCCUCUCUCGAGCUUCUUGAAGUACUCGAACUGCGGAAUAUAGCGCCUCGUUUCGGACGCACGGGAUCGCAGCUUCCUCUAAUAAUGCCAGCCUCACUUCAAAGGCUUAAAACCAGUUGUAUGACCAAUCCUGCGCUCGGAAUGGAUGCACUGACAUUCGUGUCACUGAUCCACACCUGCCCUCGGUGUAACCGUUAUCAUGCACUCCCCGGGUUCUCCAACCACACACCCAACAUAACACUCAUAAACGAUACACUGAGUCAACUGCUACCCGUACUCGCGCUCUCCACGAAUGACGACCUUCAGAUCCGGCACCUACACCUGAUCUGUGACGCAAUGAGGCUCGUGUCAGACGCCAUACCACCGUUGUCGUCUGACCAACUGUCUCGUCCUUCCAAAGAGCUCGUCUCAAAUACUCUCUUCGCGACCGACUUUACCAAGAACGAACCACCAAUGCACUUUCACCUCGCAGACUACCUGCCUCACGUACCCCUAGAGCGCCUCCGCACUAUAUCUCUCGACACAUCCUCCGUCCGGUUCAUCGAACGCAAACACCUUUGGCCACGUUUACUCCGCGCAGACAGUGUUUGCGCUCUUGGCUUGCUCAAGACGCACACGCCCUACAACGACUUCGCGUACAUGUUGGAUGCACUGAGGGUUCCCCAGGCCGGCAGCAAAGGAGACGAGGCGCGCAUGCUAUUCCCGCGUCUGGAGGUGCUGGCAGUACCCUUCACCAAAGACGAAGGCGCUCACAGCAAGAUGAUCAUCGCCCUCAUCGAUCUCUUACACGUGAGACAAGAAAGUCGGAUGCCGCUGCUCGAGCUGCUCGUUCCCAAAGAGGCUGGGCAUUGGACCAUGUGGCACUCCCUUCGGGCGAUGCUCAAGAUCACGGCCAUCGACUAUCCUACAAUCGAGUCGCCGGUGGUGCCGUAUGAUAGCUGGACCUGA